GAAUCUCUUUGCUUUCGUUUCAUUCAGCGUUGGAACCAACCCCAGGUAGCGCUUGGGCUUGAGAUUUUUCAUUUGUAUUUUCUAACGAAUUGAUCGAUUGACAGAGAAAAAGAAGAAAAGAGAAGAGAAGAGAUCGCAUGAAAAUUGUAGGAUGAAGGGAUGGGAUGGGAUUCAAUCUUCUUUCUCUUCUCGAUCGAGUUCUACGAUGAGUCAUAGAGUACCUUCUCAAACGGUUCGACUCGGACGAGUCCAACCUCAAGCUCCAACUCACCGCACCAUCGCCUGCAAUGAUCGCGAAGCUAACCUUCCCGUCCGAUUCAAGGGGAAUUCAAUAUCAACUACAAAAUACAACUUUUUCACCUUUAUACCAAAAGGAUUAUUUGAACAGUUCAGACGGGUGGCUAAUCUCUACUUUCUUACAAUCUCAAUUUUGUCAACCACACCAAUUAGGUAUGUGAAUGCUAAUCAACUUCAAUGUUAG